AUGGCCGCGUAUUUGUGCACCACGACUUUUUCGCUGGUGGAAUCCUCGCCGAAAAUGAGUCCGACAAAAGUCCUAGUAUUCUGUCUGCUCUUGGGCAUUGUGGUGGAAUGUAUCAGGCAGAAUCUCAAAUUCAAGAAGGCUUAUCGAUUCCCAACCUUGGUUCCCGGUUUACCGAUAGUUGGAAACAGUUUCCAGAUGCCUGUCACCGGCCAGGGCCCAUUCAUCCAAAGACUGGCUGACAAGUAUGGUGAGAUGUUCACGAUGAAAUUUGGGCGGACGUAUUGGGUAUUUCUCAACUCCAGUCGAGUGGUGAUGAGCGUUGUCUUUGGGCGAAGGUCGAAACUGGACGAUCCCGAACUGGCUGAGCUGCUUGGUACAGCUGAAGAGUUUGUUCAAUAUCUCAUUCCGGGUCGUGCAUUGGUAGACAGUAUGCCGUUUUUGACAAAGAUUCAGUGGCUCAAGUCGUGGCAACCGUGGAGAUGGUACGGUGAUGAUUUGUACCGACGCACAAGACACAUCUAUAAAAGGGAAAUCGAUAACCUCCGUCAAAGGCAAAGGCAAGGGAUCCAAAAGCCGUGUUUCAUGACCGAACUCUUGGAUGCUGGGAAGGACAGGGAAUUCUCUGAAGAUGAGCUUUAUUUCAUUGCUGGUGCCCUCAUGGAAGCUGGAUCGGACGCCACACGAGUGGCCCUCCACGAAGUCGUAGCUGGCGCUGCUUUGUUCCCGGACUGGGUCGAGCGUGCGCGAGUGGAGCUUGAUUCAGUGUGUGGUGCCAAUGGAGAAAGAUUAUCAGACUUCAGCGAUAUCGAGCAUUGUCCGAUAAUCAAGGGCGCUGUGAAAGAGAGUAUUCGUUGGAAACCCAGCAUACCAGAGACAGGAAUUCCUCAUUUAUUGAUCAGGGAUGACGAGUUUGAGGGGUACAAAUUCCCCGCCGGGACCAUAUUUACCUGA